UCCACGGUUAUUGACUUGUCGUCUUGUGAAAUCUCUGGGAAAUUUCUGUACCUGAUGAGUAGAACCAUUCAAUGCUUUAUUCUUAUAUAUGUAAGACUCAAGUUUGCUCAACAUUACUAAGCAAAUCUAAAGCUAGAGAGGAUGACCCAAACACAGUUCUUUAGCAGUGGGUUAGAGUUGGCAAAGUUUGUGGUGAACCUUGAUAUCCUACAACAUGCAUGGACUGCAAUUACGGAGCUAUGCAAAGAAACCAGUCAAAAUGAAGAACCAUCUUCCUUAGUGAAAUUCAAAGUUUUUGAGCUACCAAACUGUACCAUCAUUGCUUUUUUCACUUUGCCUGCUAAUAGCAAAGACUAUGUUCAGGGAAAUGGAGGAGGAGAUUUUGUUUCAUCAUCAACUCUUAAGAAGUCUUUUCCUGUCUUCAAUUUCCUGUGCCCUAAAGACAACCAAGAGUUCUCCAUUAACCAACCUGCAUUUCAGCUUUUUAGCUCCAAUAUUUUUGGUGUGCUCCCUUUCUUGAAAUCAAAGAUUGACAAUUCCAAACCAUUAAUUAUCACUGGAAACUCUCUGGGAGGAUCUGUUGCCACUCUCUUCACCAUAUCACUACUAGAAAAAUUCAAUUUUUCAACCACCAAAUGCCCACUUUGCAUCACUUUUGGUUCACCCCUUAUUGGUGAUGAAAGCCUGCAGAAAACCAUAUCUAAAUAUGUAGCAUGGAACUCUUGCUUUUUGCAUGUGGUUUCUGACCAGGAUCCAGUUCCUAGAGUCUUAAUUAAUGGUUACAAGCCUUUUGGAACAUUUCUCUUGUGUUCGGAGCUGGGUUGUUCUUGUUUUGAGGACCCCCAAACCAUUUUGGAGUUGCUGAUGGCAACCUAUAUAGGGAGUCCUGAAAAUCAAGAUCCUAAUAAGAUUUUUGAGUCCUAUGGAACAUUUGUGGAGCAUCUCAAUCGUAAGGUACUUUGCAAGGAUACUACUGAUCAUGAGUCAUUAAUUGAUUGGACUACACCACCAUUACGGGCAGGCAUUAUUACAAAACUAGCAGCAAUUGGACUGGUGCGAUCACAGCCACUGCAGAACGUUGAUAUCAACAUCAUCAUUGCAAAGAUAGAAAAACAGGAAAAAAUGACGGCAAUUUUAAACAAGCAGGCUUUUGAUCCCACCAGGGGGUUGAAUGAAAUAAAAGUAUAUAUGGCUUAUCUAGAACACUAUAAGAAGUUGUCUAAAGACAAAGGAAUUGGAUACUAUGAUAGAUAUAAGCUUGAAAACCGUAUUGGAAGGACUAUGACUGAUAUGGAUUUGUUAAAGUUUAAAAAAUCUCUCACAUGUUUUUGGGAAGAAAUGGUUGAUCAAGCAGAGAAAAGGCCCCAGACAGUAGGCCACUCCCUUCGUACCCGUUCACUCUUUGGGGGAACAAAUUACCGAAGGAUGAUUGAGCCGCUAGACAUAGCUGAAUACUACAACAAGGGCCUAAAAGACUACAUAAAUAAAGGAAGGUCUAAACAGUACAUACAAUUGGAGCAGUGGCUGAAAGAAACUGAGAAACCUUUAAGUGUUCCAAAUGAAUUGAAGAAACAGAAUGUGGCGUCAAGUCUGACAGAGGAUUCUUGCUUUUGGGCACAUGUUGAGGAGGCUCUCAUUUCAUGCAAGUUGUUGAGUAGCAAAGAAUCAAGUGAUGAGGAGAAAGACUCUGCAAAGAAAGAACUGGUUGAGUUUGAAAAGUAUGUAUUUGAUUUGAUGAAAAAUUACGCAGUAUCUUCUGAGAUUUUCUUAUCUGGGAGUAGCUUCAUGAAAUGGUGGGGAGAGUAUAGAGAGAUUAUGGGAGUUUCUUAUAGCUCUCGUCUCACUAACUUACUAAGGAAUGACAACAAUUACAAGGCAUAUGCUAAUGGCUCCCUAGAGUUUCCUUUAAAUUUUGUAUGACAAAGAUUUGCAUAUUUCAAUAUCUAUGUGUGCACUUCCCUUCAAACAUGUGUGGUAUUUCAAAGUCAUUACCCAAUAAAUUGUAAAUUAA